AUGCUGGAAAACUUCUUUAUUGACGUGACCAUCACAAGACCUCGCAUCACACCUAUAAGAAUGUUGAAGAGACAAAUCGAAUUCACAUCGGAUUCUAUCAGAUUCAGGUGUCCCGGAGGAGGAGACAAAGAGUAUUACUAUACACAAAUGAUGUACAAGCCGAUAGCGGAUAAUUCACAUACGGGAGCCAAAUUGUUGAACAUUGAGUUGAAUAAACAGUGCGAAGAAAGUUAUAUCAAACUUGAAUUCACAAGCCACGAUGCUCACAGGCACAUGGGAUGGGUUGUAAAUCAGUUUAAUAAAAUGAUUGAAGCCAAUAAAGAUGUAAUGGAACAUCCAAAAAAACGGAAUCUUGCAACUUUCUCCUCCAACAAAAGCAGCAAUUCCGCUGAUCAUGGAAAAAAUUCUGAAGACUUGGAAAACUAUCUACAGAGGAAACAAUCAGCUGAUUAUCAACAGAAAAAGAUGGUAAAUCUUCAACAUACGCUGACUCCUUCUCCAUACGCUUCUUCAACACCAAAACACACUCCAACUAACCAAAUGGAUCGUUCGAAGAUAUCUUUCGUCAUAAAACCACAAAUUAACCUGAAAAACUGCUCGAGGGAGUUGCUUUCUCCGAAAUCAUCGAUAUUUUCCUCAUCCCCAAAGCCAAAGGAAACGUCUCCAUUCUACAAGACAACUCCCACAAAAACAUUUUCAUCAACUCCCAAGAAUUUAAAACUCGAAAAUCUGAAAAGUCCAGAAGAUAUCAAAUCUCCACCGCCUAUCAAAAAGAAUUUCGUUGCAACACCGUCGACUUCUAAAAGUACUGCUUCUUAUUCUUAUUCUCGAGAAACACCGAAACGGGAGACACCGGCACGUGAAACGCCAUCAUAUUGGAAUCAAGAAGUCAAAUAUCCAAACAGGCGCCUAUAUAAUACUGGUAACUCGUGUUACUUCAAUUCAACAAUGCAAGCACUUUCCUCAUGUCCAUCAUUGGUUUCUCGUUUCGAAAUGCUUCAUCGAUUGAGACAUGGAAAUUAUCUGGAAUGCCCGUCUUACGACUUGAGACCGAAGUUCGCUGUAUUUGAAAGUUGUCUGAGAAUGAUGGUGAAGCUUAGUGAUCGCAUGGAAAAUCCGCAUCUAAAAGAAUACAGACUUCCAUCAUUUUCCGAAACGGAGCUAGCAAAUACUCGUUUGAAAAUAGGACGAGUUGUAAAAGAAUUUGAUAACAACGAUCAAAAGGAUGCUCACGAAUAUUUAACGGAACUUCUGAGUUGUGUUGAUGAUAUUAUGCAAGUUGUUCCAGAUGAAAUUAAACAUUUGGAUCCAUUGAAUUCGAUACGAUAUAAAACUGAACGAAGCUUUAUUUGUUUCAAUUGUGGCCAUGAAGAAAAAUCCAGUGAUUGUGGAUGGAUUUUGCCACUUUCCAUUAGUAACAACGACUACGGGAUCAUCGAGUUGCUCGAAUCAAACUUCAAAACCACACUGGAAACGAAUAAAAUAUGUUCUUCUUGCAGUUGUGAAAAUGCGGUAUCAAGCGAAAGGAUAGCCAAUUUUCCCGAAUGUCUGAUUCUCAAUCCAAUGCGUUACGAAAGAACAUCAAUAAGUGAUUAUCGAAAGGACAAUCGUCAAAUUACAGUUCCACUGACAUUAGAUCUCACUCGAUUCGGAGCAUUUGCUUCUUUGGAACAGGAUGAAAAUCGAAAUUCUGUGUCAUUUGGUUCAUGUGGAAAAGAUUCAAUAAAAUACAGAAAUGGGCCGAGUAUUGGUCCACGACUUUUAUCAUUAAAUGGAGGAUCGUUGGAUGAUGAGGAAAUUGAUAUUGAAAUGAUGAAAGAAGUAGUUAAGAAUCCAUUACAUUUCAAAUGGCUCACUGAUUUGGAUGAAAUUGAGCAAAUGCUCAAACUUACUAAUAUUACAUAUAGAAGAGAUGAUGUUAAAAUUCACGUCGAAAAGCUUGAAAACGAAAAGUCGGUCGUAAUGAAGAAGUUUGAUCGUCCUGGAAGAGUAAAAGGAAUUGAAUCUGAUGGAAACUGCUUUUAUCGUGCAAUCUCUUGGUGCUUAACUGGAUCUCAAAAAUAUCAUAAAGCACUUCGAAUCGCCACUGCAAAUUAUCUUCGAAAUGACAUUGCGAUUGUGGAUAAGUACUGUCAUAAGACAGAUCACAAGACUUAUGUACAACAAGUAGAAGGAGAUGGAUGGUGGGCAACGAAUGUGGAAAUAUGUGUGAUGGCGAAUCUUUUGAAUGUGAAUAUCUACACAUUUCUAUCGGAUGGCUGGAUAUGCACAUCACCUCAAAAUAGUUCAACAUCUCGCAGUGGAUCAUUUUAUCUUGAAAAUAAGGAUUGCCACUAUGAACCAGUUCUCAGUUUGAAGAAAGAUGAUUCGUUGAGAAGCCGAAAAAGAAGAAACACAGAUACUGAAUAUACGGAUGACAAUGAAGGCGGUGGUUUUAAGAAAAGAAAGCCCGAUGAUGAUGCUUCACGUAAACCAAGAAAUUUAUCAGAGUCUGAAAGAAGAAGACAGCCUCCACGGGAUGCCGAAGACAAUGGAAAUCAUUACAAGAAAAUGAACGCGAACACUGAUCAAAUCGCCAAAUAUCGCCUCUUCGCCGCCAUCUGCCACAUUGGAGAAUUCCCGGAUAGAGGUCACUACUUGGCACUCACUCGUGAUCUUUACAAUCCAUCAAAAUGGCUUGAUUGUUCGGAUGCAGUUGUACGAGAUAUUUCUUCUGGAGAUGUUAUCAAGGAUGCUUCAUCGUCAGGCUACUUGCUGUUCUAUGAUAGACAGUGAAAUUUAAAAAAUACUGUAAAGUUUUAACUUUAAGUUCAAAGUACAAUGUUACAUUAUAUUCCCACUCAAAGAUUUCUAUUCGAUAUCCUUUUUUACUUCAUUAAUCCUUUGAAUAUACCCAUUUUUUGUCUUUCAACAGUUUCCCUACAGUAUUUCCCUUGUUUUUCUCUUUUUUUUCUAACUACUGUAACAAAUGGUAUUUCUUUCCCGUGGUUUUCUGGUGGUAUUAUUAUUUUUUUCUUCAUAACAUAAAGUUGUUGUACCGUUUAUCAUGGUAGUGUUAACGUUCAGUAUAAACUAAUUCUCAA